UGUAGUGUUUGUUUGGUGCGAUAAGAGUGAGAAUGGGUCGUCUUCCACUUACUCUUUGCCUCACCUUUCUAGUUAUGGCCACGGUAACAUUUGGUAUGCCUCCUAAAAAGGCCGUUGAUGUUCCUUUCGGCAGGAACUACUUUCCAACAUGGGCUUUUGAUCACAUUAAGUACCUCAACGGUGGUUCUGAAGUGCAUCUUAUCCUAGACAAGUACACUGGCACUGGCUUUCAGUCCAAAGGUUCCUACUUGUUUGGACACUUCAGUAUGCACAUAAAGAUGGUUCCUGGGGACUCUGCUGGAACUGUGACCGCCUUCUACUUGUCAUCGCAGAGCUCAGUACAUGACGAGAUAGACUUUGAGUUUCUAGGGAACAGAACCGGGCAACCUUACAUUUUACAGACAAACGUGUUCACAGGAGGCAAAGGAAACAGAGAGCAGAGGAUAAACCUAUGGUUUGACCCUUCCAAGGACUAUCAUUCCUAUUCAGUUCUCUGGAAUAUGUAUCAGAUUGUGUUCUUUGUGGAUGAUGUGCCGAUACGAGUAUUCAAGAACAGCAAAGACAUUGGUGUGAAGUUUCCAUUCAACCAACCGAUGAAGAUAUAUUCGAGUCUUUGGAACGCAGACGACUGGGCCACGAGGGGAGGGCUAGAGAAGACCAACUGGGCAAAGGCUCCUUUCUUGGCGUCUUACAGAGGCUUCCACGUAGAUGGAUGCGAGGCUUCGGUGAAUGCUAAGUUCUGCGAGACGCAAGGGAAACGUUGGUGGGAUCAGAAAGAGUUCCAAGACUUGGAUGCUCAACAAUACAAGCGUCUCAAAUGGGUUCGUACAAGAUACACCAUCUACAACUAUUGUACUGACCGUGUCAGGUUUCCCGUGCCUCCUCCUGAGUGCCGCAGAGACCGUGACAUUUAAGAUUUCAACUUAGAUUUUUCUUUUCUUUUCUGAAUGAUGUUUCCAAGUUUGCUACUGUAUUCUUCUUACAAGUUAUGGAAGACAUGAUCUAGAGAUUCUUGACUGUUAGAACCGUGCAUGUGACAUGACUUAAAGUGAAACCGAGCAUAUGAUUUUA